UUUGUUAUUUCUCGUGAAGGACUAGGACUAGCUGCGCCAAUUCCAAGAUGGCGGCGGCCGGUGGUAGCCAUUACAGUUCGGAAGUUAAUUAUGAUGAAGCAAUCAUGGCACAAGUUGAUGGAAUCCAAAAAGAGAUUGCAGAUGCCCAAACGCUAGUGAGUGAAAGAGAAGACUUGCAAAGCCUGUUAAAUGAGUACUCCCAGGAUGAUCAUGUCUACCAAGCCAAGAUCCUGAGCUUGUCCGCCCAGUAUUCCCAUGUGAGGAGGACAAGGGGAGAUGGGAACUGCUUCUUCCGUGCCUUUGGAUUCAGCUAUUUUGAAAAACUAUUAACAGAUGAAAAAGAAUAUCAAAGAUUUAAAGAUCUAGCUGCUAGGAGUAAAGAUGAGCUUGUGGAGCUUAACUUCCCUGCUUUUACAAUCGAAGACUUCCAUGAAGUGUUUAUGGAGGUCCUGGAUAUGAUGGGAAACAACGCAACUGAGGACCAGCUUAUCCAGAAAUUUCAAGAUGAGGGAAUCUCAAACUAUCUUGUGGUGUAUCUCCGUCUGCUAACCUCAGCUCAGCUACAAAGGAAUGCUGUGUUCUUUGAAAACUUUAUUGAGGGAGAAAGAACGGUCAAGGAAUUCUGCAACCAGGAAGUAGAACCAAUGGGUAAAGAGAGUGACCACAUCCACAUCAUUGGACUCACUGAAGCACUGGGUGUGUGUAUUCGGGUGGAGUAUGUAGACAGAACAGGUGAUGAUGUCAAUCACCACGACUUCCCUGAGGAUGGCAGUACCCCUAUUGUACACCUUUUGUACAGACCAGGACAUUAUGAUGUUCUGUACCUGGCUAACCAAUGACAUUACAGAAACAGCUGUCAAUCAUCAUGAUUGCUCUGAAAAAGGCAGUACCCCUAUUGGUCUCCUUUUGUACAGACCAGGACAUUGCAAUGUUUUGUAUCUGGCUACCCAAUGACAUUACAGAACAGCUGUCAAUCACCAUGACAUUCCUGAGGAUGGCAGUACCCCUAUUGGCCCCCUUUUGUACAGACCAGGACAUUAUGAUGUUCUGUACCUGGCUAACCAAUGGCAUUACAGAAACAGCUGUCAAUCAUCAUGAUUGCUCUAAAAAAGGCAGUACCCCUAUUGGCCCCCUUUUGUACAGACCAUGACAUUACGAUGUUCUGUACCAGGCCACCCAAUGACAUUACAGAAGCAGCUGUCAAUCAUCAUGACUUCUCUGACAGUAGUAUUGCUAUUGCCCACCUCUUGUACAUCUGUCUAAGCCAAUAGGAUUACAGAAAAGCUGUCAAUCACCAUUCCUUAUAUCGUAUGCAUUCAAGAAAAUUGUGAUGUUCCUAUCAUGUUUAUAAUCUAGCCAGUGAGAUUACAAAAGCAGCAUGUACAGGAAAGGACAUUAUGUACAUGAGUAGCCAAUCAGAACAAGCUGUGUUGCACCAUGGCCUCCUAGAGGAUGUUAAUCACCACUUCUGAACAGAAUGGGGAUUCAUUUGAUGGGUUCAUUAUAAGUAUCGUCAUUUCUA